UUUCAUUUUUAUUCAGUCUUUUUUCCUUGUGRAAAAUGUUUAACAAUGAAGUUUUCACACAUWUUCAUUGGUGAUUUGCUAGGCAAAAUGGAGUAGAAAUGGUUUCUUUCUAAAACGGAAAACACUAUGGCARCAAAAACAGGUUGUGCUUGGAAUACUUUGUCAGCUGAAUCGUUGGAAACUAUCACUCUAAAUUAUAUUUGCCAAAAUAUCGAAAAAUUGUGCUAUGAAGUACAAGAACCUGUGGGAAACCUCAACAAGCUCGCUUUCAAGAUACCAUUAUUCCUUCACGAGCAGUUAGCCGAAAGCAUUCUGCGUCAGUUAGCAUGUUCAGGGAGACUUACGUUGAAUAUAUUGACUCUGUUUUUAGAUAGAGCUACGUGCAGACUGCGAAAAGCUAGCAUUCAAGACUCAGAUAUAAGAGAAAUAGGCCUUAGACUACUUCUUAUGCAUCACAAAAUCAAUGACCUGGACCUUAGAAAAACCAACAUUGCUUUUACAGAAUUGGUGGUUAGUUCUCUAAGAGGCUAUGAAUCCACUAAUCAUUUGAGAAGGCUCAUUAUCAGCCAAGCAAAAAGUGGCUUAGAGCCUGGAGCCAUUUGUGCAUUUAAAAAUUUAGUAUUUUUAGACAUUAGCAAGAAUAGGAUUGAUGACUCUGACUUGAAGAAGAUUUGUAAUUCCUUGAACAAUUUGGAAGAAUUGAAUAUAUCAUGCACUGCAAUAAGUGAUGCAGACUCUUUUGGUUCCUUGAAAACCAAACUUAAAUGCCUCAAAGCUUAUAAUUGCCCAGUAGCUUGGAAUAGCCCUACAGAUUUUGCUCAAUUUACAAAAUUGCGGCACCUGGACAUAUCGCGAAAUCCUGGAAUGCCACAGGGCUACGAUUGGCCGCGUGAUGCGGAAAAACUGGAAAUGCUCUUGCAAGACACGGAAGCUCUCAAAGAGUUACAAGUGCUGGAUAUUUCAGGUACCCCGAGAGUCAUGGACUAUCCACUGGAAGUUUUUAUUUCUUCUCAUCCAAAGUUGACUUUUCUGGGACUUUGUAAAACCGGAUUGACUUCUUAUGCUCAAUUUUUGCCAAAGGAUGUUGAGACAACUGGAGAAGCUACAGAACAGCAAAUUCUGUCAUCAUUACACCAUUAUCCAGAUAGAGAGUCUUACAUGACAGAAAGCUUGAGAAGACUUUUCCAUAUUAGUAAAAACUGGACAGAACAAAGAUAUGACGUUCUGCAGUGUGUCUUGCCUCCUAUGGAAUUGCAUCCCAAUGAAUUGCGUGUCCAAAUGGCAUCGACAGCCUGUAUUUUCAAUUUAACAAGGACUUUACAAAAUGAAAACGAUCUGCAUCCAAGUAUUCUUGGACAAAUUGCUAGCCUUGUUUUGACAGCAAUGGAAGCAUUUCCAAGAAAGCAUGAGUUGAUAAGAAAUUGUCUGCUGAUUAUGGACUCUAAACCGAUGUUAAGAACUGCUCACUUUGACUACUACACUGCUUGCAUGUCGGCAAUGGAUGCCCUGUGUCAGUUUGUCAAUGAUCUGAAUAUUGUAAGAUUGGCAACAAGAAUUUGCGCUAUCUUGACUGCCAAGAUAUCCAACUAUGAGACCAUAGCUUUGGGGACAGACAGACACAUCAAGACAUUGCUGAAGAUUGUUAAAGAAAAAGUUGACUCUAAAAGAGCGGACUACAUUUUAAGUGUGGCACUGAGUGUCUUAUGGAACCUUACAGAUGAUGCUCACUGUACUUGUCAACUGUUUGUUGAUGGUCAAGGAUUAAGGCUCUUCAUCAGAGUCUUAAAGGAGUUUGGAAUGGAAAGUUUCGUCAUCGUGAAGAAAGUCUUGGGAACUCUGAAUAACGUGGCUGAGGUCGAUUCCUUGCGUUCACAUCUUAUUACUGAUGAAUGUAUCGGUUUACUAAGUGAGAUGCUUGAUGCGGAAGAAAUUCAAGUGUGUUACUUUGCUGGGGGUAUAUUAGCCAAUGUUGCGUUGGCCUGGGAUCAUGCGUUACCUGUCACUCCAAGCAAGUCGCAAGUCAUCAACAAAUUGGAGGAAUCUGUCCUUAAAUGGCCGUUACAAGACAACGAAAUGGUUGCCUACAGAUCAUUCAUGCCAUUUCUACCGUUACUCAAAUCUAAUAUACCUGCUGUACAAUUGUGGGCAACUUGGGGAAUUCUACACGUUUGUACGAAGAACGCGGCUCGAUACGUACCGCUGCUGAUCAACGACGGUCUACAAGAUAUCAUGAGGUUGUUGUCAGUACAAGAGGACCAGCAUGCAAUACUUCAAGAGCUGUCCGCGCAGGUGUGGCGAAAGGCCAAUGAAUACAUGAAUAGCAAAGACAGUCUUUGAGAAAAAAACGCGAUAUUUACUCUGUUUUUGAAGAGACGAUGUAAAUAAAGUUGCUGCCUUUAAAGUGUAAUUAUGCCACAUCCAUAUGUUAUGAGAAAAAACGCAAGGGCUGUUGUCGUUUGUUGUAGCUGAAGACCGAAAUAAUAAUAAAAUAAACCGUGAAAGACAUAUUA